ACACAGAGAAAGAGCCUGAGAGAGAGAGAGAGAGAGAGAGAAGUGAGAAACGCAACAACACACCACCGAAAGAUUUUUAAAAAAGAUAGAGAGAGAGACACACACACUCAAAUCAGAGAGUCCAAAUUCGAAAGAGAACGAAUCUAAUUCCUUCUUCUUCUUCUUCUUCUUCCUUUUUUUCAAUCAUUACUUUAAUCUUCUUUCCCGCUCACUGUUCCUUCUUCCAGAUCAUUGUUUAGUUUCUCUCUUCUCCGCCGUUUCACGACCAGAAUAGUCCCAUUUGGUGGAUGCAAUACGAGAAAUCUCGUCUUUUUUUGGGUAGAUGGAUUUCCCAAGUUAUACACUUCUAUAAUCGGACCAACCGUUCUAUUAUACAGAGGCUGGAGCUGGAGAAGAAAAGGAUUGUCUAUGGAGGGAGACGUCGGAAAAGGUUUGGUAUGCCCGAAGACUAUGGAUGGGAAGGCGAGUAAUGGAAAUGGUUUAGAGAAGGCUGUACCUACUUGUUGCCUUAAGGCCAUGGCAUGUGUACCUGAGGAAGAUGCUAAGUGCCACUCCACUGUUGUUUCUGGCUGGUUCUCUGAACCUCACCCUCGCUCUGGGAAAAGAGGCGGCAAGGCAGUCUAUUUCAAUAACCCUAUGUGGCCAGGAGAAGCGCACUCAUUGAAAGUUGAGAAAGUUCUGUUCAAAGACAAGUCAGAUUUUCAGGAAGUCCUAGUGUUUGAGUCAGCCACAUACGGAAAGGUGCUUGUUCUAGAUGGUAUUGUACAGCUGACUGAAAAAGAUGAAUGUGCAUAUCAGGAGAUGAUAGCCCAUCUGCCUUUAUGUUCUAUAUCUUCCCCGAAAAAUGUUCUUGUUGUUGGUGGAGGUGAUGGUGGUGUUCUUCGAGAGAUUUCUCGCCAUAGUUCUGUUGAGGUUAUUGACAUCUGUGAGAUAGACAAAAUGGUUAUAGAUGUGUCUAAGAAGUUCUUCCCCGAGUUAGCGGUUGGAUUUGAGGAUCCUCGUGUUCAACUCCACAUUGGUGAUGCUGCUGAGUUCCUCCGUAAAUCCCCUGAAGGGAAGUAUGAUGCUAUCAUUGUUGAUUCUUCAGAUCCCGUUGGUCCUGCUCUAGCUCUUGUUGAGAAGCCUUUCUUCGAAACACUGGCAAGAGCGUUGAAGCCUGGAGGAAUUCUUUGUAACAUGGCGGAAAGUAUGUGGCUCCAUACUCAUCUGAUAGAAGAUAUGAUUUCCAUUUGCCGUCAAACAUUCAAAAGUGUUCAUUAUGCAUGGAGCAGCGUCCCCACAUAUCCAAGUGGCGUGAUUGGUUUCGUCUUGUGCUCUACCGAUGGACCAGCUGUUGAUUUCAAGAACCCAAUCAACCCAAUUGAGAAACUAGAUGGUGCAAUGACCCAUAAAAGAGAACUGAAGUUUUAUAACUCUGAUAUGCACAGAGCAGCAUUCGCUUUACCCACAUUCCUGCGGAGAGAAGUGGCUUCACUUCUGGCUUCUUAAGUUCUGUUUGGCUCUACGUUAUCCCUCAUAUCAAACUUUGUAAACUCUUGAAGAGGAAUAAUAAAUAAUUGGAAGCUUUGUAUCUCUAAGCUUACUCCUAUAUAAAAGACUUCUAUUUAUAUAUAUUGACUCUA